GUGUGUCUCUGAGAUGGAGGCUGCCAUUGCGGUGCUUGUGGCCCAGUUCAAGGCCUUCGCCGGGGGCUCUGAUGGCUCCACAGACACCCUCAGCAAGGGAGAGCUACAGAAUCUUAUCACAUCACAGCUGCCCAACUUGGUCAAGAACUCUGGAGACCCGGCCGUGAUCGAGCAGCUCAUGAGCUCCCUGGAUCAGAACGAUGAUGGAGAACUCACCUUCCUGGAGUUCUGGCAGCUCGUUGGCCGUCUAGCCAAUCAGCACGGAGGCUUCAGCAGAUAACCACUCUGAAGGGUCACGUUCUGUUUCGUUUGUUUCCACUUUGCUGUGUGCCUUUCUAGAUGAUUAAUUACCAUCUUAAUUAGCGACAAGGGGUUUUCACAAUCAUUGUAGAUGCUGGUGGAUCCUGUGUGAUGGAUCGUCAAGCUGUGAUCUCUGUUUAAAUGUCCUCGCUCGCCCUUCGUCUUGCUUUCUCUCUCUUUUCUACCAUUUCUCAUUUUCCUUCUCAGCAAGAAUUACCUCCCUGUUUUGACAGAAUAAUUGUCUUUACACAAUACUGUCGUUGUACCGAACCAGCCAGACUAGAACUAAUCCUAUUUCACAACACACACACACACAGGUACACACUAACAAGACCAGUGUUGUGUAAUGUUGGACUGACAACAUUGUCUGUGUAAAGAGAGAAUCUUGGUAUGUAAGCUGAAGGUAUUCUGGGCUCCAGUGGAAAGCAGGCUGCUUGUGUUGUAAGAGGCUGUGGAAGGAGAGCUGUGAGCUGGAAACAUGCAUGGUGGGAGAGACGUCCAUGUAUGAUCAGUGUGUCCCUGUGUGUGAUGUGUUCUCAUCAAGUUACUCAAUUCUUACCUGUCGAUACUCUUACUAACAUGUCUUUGUAUGAAACAUGCCUCUCCUGUUAUAUUAAUCAGUUGGCAUGAGUACCAACCAGGAUUGGAAUGGUUUUUAUUUGAAUAAACAGGGUG